AAUCACUGCGGAACCACGGCAGAGGAAGCGCGUAAACGGGGAUGUCAAUUCGAGAUGCACAACUUCGCUUGGGUACCACCGCAAUGUUACGAUAAAGAACUCGGCCACGAUUGGAAUUCCUACAAUGGUUGGGAAUUUUCUUGGACAGCAAAUGAUAGUUCUGCAACUAAUGCGUCAUUUAUCCAAGAGUGCCGGAAUGGUAAUAUCGAGGCUGCUUGGGUUCCGUGGUAUCAACACAUGGCACAUUGCUCAUUUAUUUUAAAGAAGUAUCUUCGUUCUGUUAUGUUCGAUCGACCAAUGGAUAACUGGACUUCGGACUGGCACCACAAUGAGCAUUGUACAAACAUGAUGGCACGUCCGAACGUCAACCCCUACCUUUUCAACAGUCUCCUACAUCUAAAGUUUCCAGUUUGC